AAGGAGUGCAUCCAAUAAACUCAGGAAUUCUAUGUCAAAGAGAGGUAGGAGGAGCAGUAAAGUAAUGUCUAUUGAAAUUGAUGAUAAGCGUACUCCGGAGGAGGUGCGGUCUGUUGAUGCCUUCCGCCAGGCUCUUGUAUCGGAGGACAAGCUACCUGCAAGACAUGACGAUUAUCGUACGAUGCUCAGGUUCUUGAAGGCCAGACGAUUUGACCUCGAGAAAUUAAAGGAAAUGUGGAUAAAUAUGCUCCAAUGGAGGCAAGAAUUUGGUACCGACACAAUUAUUGAGGACUUCGACUUCAAGGAGCGUUCAGAAGUGUUGAAAUAUUAUCCCCAAGGGUACCAUGGGGUCGAUAUGGAUGGACGACCAGUUUAUAUAGAAAGACUAGGCAUGGUAGAAGCUGGCAAGCUCAUGCAAGUGACGACAAUGGACCGCUAUCUCAAAUACCAUGUAAGGGAGUUUGAGAAGACCUUUCAAAUGAAGUUUCCAGCUUGCUCAAUUGCAGCCAAGCAUAUUGAUCAAAGCACAACCAUCUUGGAUGUGAAUGGAGUUGGUCUUAAGAGCUUCACCAAAGCUGCAAGGGACCUUGUAGGUAGUCUUCAGAAGAUUGACAGUGACAAUUAUCCUGAGACGUUGAACUGCAUGUUCAUCAUCAAUGCAGGUUCCGGAUUUAGAAUGUUGUGGAAUUCUGUCAAGUCUUUCCUUGAUCCUAAGACCACAGCCAAGAUCAAUGUUCUUGGAAACAAAUUUCAGAGCAAGUUGCUUGAAAUAAUUGAUAAAGGUGAAUUGCCUGAUUGUUUGGGAGGCAUUUGUACUUGUGCCGAUCAAGGAGGUUGCAUGCUUUCCGACAAGGGUCCAUGGAAGGACCCAGAGAUCAUGAAGAUGGUUCAAAGUGGUUCUCAUAAAGGCUCAAAGCAAUCUCAGGCUGAAAGCACUGAAGAGAAAACAACUUUAGAGGUUAAAACUGUGACCACGGAGGCAACACAGGCUAGUGAUCCCGUCGAUGCUGAGCCAGUUCCAGAUGCUGCAGAUAAACGAUCAAAGAAUCAAGUUGAGCAUCCGGAGCCCGCCCCUGUACUGGAUAUUGUCCCAAAGGCAUCAAUGGAAAUUGUUCCAGUGGCUAAAUGA